ACGAAAACAAGGAUGAUGAGAACGGACGAUAUUGCCUUGUUCGAUCUUAAGAUUUGGGAUGAGCCAUAUUCUCCAAUGGAUGGGCCUCACCACGCUUCGUAUCAUACUGAGAAGAUCCCAGACAUCCGGAAAUCAACUGUGAUCUUGGAUUUGGACCGGUGUGUAUGCUAUGAUAGCACUAAGCACUUAGUUAUGUACACUCCAACACCAACAGAAAGAACAGAUUUGACUAUUCAAUUGGAGUCAAAACAAUCCCAAGGCCAGAAAUGAGAUGGCUAUCAUAAGUAUACAAAAUAAUAGUAACACUUGAAUACCAUUCAUUAGCAUUCUGUUCAGUACGUGGUGGACGUUGCCAUCUGAAUUCAUAUACUGUAAUAGUUCCUACAUUGGGGCGAUGAGAAUCAUGAGUGUGAUGGAAACCAAGACCAAGCCACAGCAUUUAGUACAGGAGCUUAGGGACGAGGAAGAGCUUUCGACCGUUUCCCUUGUAGCAUCCCAUCUUUCAACAAAUCAAAUCGUUGUUUCAAAGGAUGGCGCUCACAAGUCUCAAGCUUCCUCAGAUGAACUAAAGGAAGAACACGGUGAAAAGCUGGAAAAACAAAUCAUCUUUCUCAAGCAAGAACAUCAAAAUAUGCUCCGCGCUCUUCAAAUCGAGGUGGAUCUCCUUAAACAAAAAAAUAAAGAUCUCCAUUUCCACAUUGUUAUGCAAAACCUGUCUUCGAAACUAUCAGAGAGUUGUGAGGAACUGAAAGAUGUCCGGGUGGUCCAAGGGUCAUCCCAUCACAUGGAAAAUCUCGAGGGCAAGAUCAAAGCCCUUAGUGUCGAAUUGCACGAAGUCCAAUCAAGAAACCUCUACCUGAGCAGUAUUAUCGAAGAGCAAAAACAGAAGCUGCUCGAGUUCGAGACGAAAACAACUCCGUCCACAUUGAUCCACUCCCCAAUUUCGACGGCAUUUAGAACGUCAGCAAGAUGGACAAAGAACUCGGAUCACGAAAACGGACCGGGCACCGAAGAAGUUGUCAGUGGGGAUGACGAUGACCUCGAGGAGGACGAGGAGUUGGAAGAGCACGAAGACCUAAGCUUAUCCCUACCCAGCACCCCAACCAUUCCUACCCCAUCACCACCUCAAGAAUACCUGCAAAAGCUUCGAGAAGCGAAUAUGUUAAUUGAAAGCUUGAAGAACGAGAACCAAGUUCAAAGGAGAGAGAUUCUUGAGAUUAAAUCGACUAUAGACAAGGGGACCAAGCUUCGCUUUAAAGGCUGCAACCAUCCCACCCGGUUAUUGUCCCGAGCUCAAAGACAACCCAAGAUGGACCAUGCCUCUGCCAUGAGCUCGAUUCGACCCGCUCAAGGAACGUGGGGGCCUACCUCGUCGGCGAAUUUGCCACGACGCGGAUCCAGGACCCAGAUCAAAGAUGUGUUGCCUCCUUUAGAUAAUGCUGAAAAGCCCUCCAAGCGAAAUGCUAUCUACUUACCAUCAGAGCUGCCCCCCGUGUCAACCAACGGAGGCAACUAUCAUCAUUCUCAUUCUCAGUUCCCCUUGAACUUGGUCUCGUUUCCGGACUCGCAAAAUACCCGCGACCAUCACGACACUUGCCCGAGUGAUCAUUUGGAUACGGCUCGAAAGAAAAGAGAUUUCCCAUCGCUCAGAAGCAAAUCAGUGACCAGAGCUCUCAACACUAACGAUCUGCCUCGUCGGAACUCGACCAACAAAAAAGCACUCAGAAAUGUCAAAUAAACGUUAGCUGAAAUAAGUCCUCAAGUACAAUUUUGUGAAUUUUAU